UAUUCAGCCGCAUUAAUAAAUCACAUUUGCUCUGCAUCUCGAUGGUAAUCUCUUCUCUCAUUUCACUCCCAGUCUUCAGCAAGAAACGGUCAGCUUUUUAAAUAGUUUGAUUCAGUGACUGCUUUUCGACAUGUUUCUCCCAACCGUGCUCGUUCUCGUAGUUUGUAGCAUUCAUUCGUCUACAGCAGCUCCGACGCCCGGGGCUCCGACUAUGAAUCAAAACCUCAAGAUAAGAGAGGAUGUGCUUACUGUCCUGAGAGAAUUGCUGAUCAACAGAGGUCAGACAACACUUGACCAAUGGUUUAGACCAACCGGUGACUCUAAUAAGGAGCAGGACUCUUCCGCCUCACAGGACCAGGUCUCUACUGCAUCACAGGACCAAAACUCUACCGCGUCUCAGAGCCCGGACUAUACCGCGUCACAGGGCCAGGACGAUGAGCAGUUCUCAACACAAGCGGCUCUUACAGAUGCACCGGAAAGUACGAUUACAUCGCUACCACCUCCACCCCCACCUUCACCACCAAAGCCACCCAUUCAUCCUAUCUGCAAGAAGAGACUAAACAACCCGGAUAGGAUCGAAGACAUCAGGGACAUCCGGACUCGCCGUGACGUCAUAGAGUACCUGAUUUACCGUCUCUGUAUCCCAACGAUCACCGCAGAGGACGUCCUAGCUGUAUCGCUGAUCGUAGAUCGUCUCAAUAAUCGGGGGACAUGGCCGAUUAUUGGUUUACCGAAUCCAUUUGAACCCGAGGUGGUGACACCCCCAGAUUCAGACAACAAUGUCAAUGACCAAGAAUCAGAUAACAAGGACCUCAUGCGAAAGAGAACGGACGAUAAUGACAUCGAUGAAGAAGACGAAGGUGACCAAGCAACCCCCGCACCCGCUCUCCAACCCGUACAAAUCCUCCACCCACUCUGCAUGAAUCGACUGAAUAACCCAAAUCAGAUCAAGACCAUUGGUGAAGUCCUGAAUCGCCACGAUGCCAUCGAGUACCUCAUUUACCGCUUGUGCCUGCCGGGUGUCACCGCCGAGGACAUCGAAGCGGUGGCCGACAUCGUCGGAGGACUGCCUUGGCCUGUUGCGUUCAUGCCAAGGGAGAGACAGGGUCAAAAUAAAACCACUUCUUCGUACAACGUACAGAAUACGAGUAAACAAGCUCAAAACUAUGAAACGAAAUCAUCGACAUUGGACAAGCAGACCGUAUACAAAUACACAUCGAACGAGGAGGAGGAGGAGGAGAAAAAGGAUACACCAGUAGAUAUGGAGCUUAUGAUUCGUCAUCUGCUCGGAGAGCUCAUCAAUUAAUCAAAUGAAACGGUCUACAGCCACGUUGGUGUUAUAACACAAUCUGAAACCAUACUUGUUUCUCCUAACACAGAAUUAAAUCGUUCUAGUCAAAGUAAAUUAUGUUAAUGAAUGUGACACAUAUGCCAAAAACACUGUAUUAUCAUCCUUUUUUUUUUAGAGACCGAUCUCUUUUCUGAGCUAGAGUGCCCAGGCCAGCUGACGAUUGAAAUAAACAGUAGAAAUGAA